AUGAUUCAGAUGAAGACCAAACCAUUACACAGAUCAGUAUCAACUGGUUACUUGCCACGAGUCAAUUUGACAGUGACUUUGGUGAACGUUGACUAUUAUGGGCUCAAUGGACAGAUAGUUGAGUUUUACAUCAAUCGAAAAACAAAUAAACUGGUGUUGGCAGUUCAGAUGAGUAAUAUAGUAUCGUUUGUACGGCCAGCCUAUUUUAGGUUCCACCGUCGAGCUCAGGAACCGAUUGUGCGUAGCACACCAGCGAGGGUCCAGUUUGCCAUUACACCGACAAUUAUAAUACCGAAUUUGAACGACCUUAGACUGGACCGAGCCGAGAUAUUCUCGUAUAUUGAAUCUCCUUCCCCCAUAACGACGGUGAACCCCCUGGCUUUUGCUAGCACAGGUAUAGACAUAUUAUCUCUUUAUCAUGGACAAAGGGAUGGAUCGAACAAUACCGAUUUGAUUGAGACCAUACAAAAUCUGGCUGAAUUAGGAAAUAAUGCUCCGCAAGACGACACAGACUACAUUGAGCGACCCUGCAGGAUAUUCGACAAAAACUGUAUACGUCGAUAUUUCGCCGCUCAUAGUCUGUGCACACCUAAGUACCAGGCAGUUCCGGAGCCAGUCUACCGAAGCCAAUCCACCUUCUACCUGCCCAGAGUAAACGUUACAGUAACUCCUAUUGAUAUCUACUACACAGGUGCUACGGCCAGGAUCAUAGAAUUCUACGUAAACAAGAAAACGAACCGUCUUCUUUUGGCUUUUACUUUUACGAACUUCACAACGAGUACUGACAAUAGUUAUUUUAGAUUUAACCGUCGAGGUAAAGAGCCCGUUGUUACAAGAUCAUCUGUCGAUGUUCAAUAUAUUUCCCUAACAGCAACAGUGACAAUUCCUAAUUUAAGCAAUCUAAGGCUUGACAGGAGUGAAAUGUACUUAUACUCAGAAGACAUCAACCCAGGGCUUCGAGUGGACCUUUCUAUAUUCGAAAGCACAGAACUGAAUGUGCAAAGAUCUUUAGUGGAAUUCCUACUACGACCGGAUGUAAAUUUACAAGAAGCUUUUCUGAUUGACGCUAACUUCUACGCCAAUACCUACAUACAGCAGUCGAUCUGUGAUUUUGGAUUGAUACUCUCAUAA